GCGGCCAGAGGUGUCGCCGCCGCAGCUUCAGCACCAGCGGGCGGAGCGGCGGUCGCGCCAGGCAGCUCGGCGGCAUCCGUGCAGCGGCGGCGGCGGCGGCGGCGGCAGGAGCGGCAGCAUGGCCGAACCGGAGGCGGCGGCGACGGCCACGGCCACGGAGCCCCCGGCUGCCCCGGGGCCGGAGGGCGAGGAGAGCUUCGUCCGCUUCGCCCGCAAAGGCGCCCUUCGCCAGAAGAACGUGCACGAGGUCAAGAACCACAAGUUCACCGCCCGCUUCUUCAAGCAGCCCACCUUCUGCAGCCACUGCACCGACUUCAUCUGGGGAUUUGGAAAGCAAGGCUUCCAGUGUCAGGUUUGUUGCUUCGUUGUCCACAAGAGGUGCCAUGAGUUUGUUACCUUCUCCUGCCCGGGGGCCGACAAGGGACCUGCCUCCGACGACCCUCGGAGCAAACACAAGUUCAAAAUCCACACAUAUUCCAGCCCAACCUUCUGCGAUCACUGCGGCUCCUUGUUGUAUGGACUUCUCCACCAGGGGAUGAAAUGUGACACCUGCAUGAUGAAUGUGCACAAGCGUUGUGUGAUGAACGUGCCAAGUCUCUGUGGGACGGACCACACCGAGCGCCGAGGCCGGAUACACAUCAAGGCGGACAUUGAGAACGAGGUCUUGACGGUUAUCGUACGGGAUGCUAAAAACCUUGUUCCGAUGGAUCCCAAUGGCUUGUCAGACCCAUAUGUGAAACUCAAACUCAUACCUGACCCAAAAAGCGAGAGCAAACAGAAGACUAAAACUAUCAAAUGUUCUUUGAACCCUGAGUGGAAUGAGACCUUCCAAUUCCAGUUGAAAGAAUCCGACAAGGGCAGGCGACUGUCGGUGGAGAUCUGGGACUGGGAUCUGACCAGCAGAAAUGACUUUAUGGGAUCUCUGUCCUUUGGCAUUUCAGAGCUGCAGAAAGCCGGAGUGGAUGGCUGGUUUAAGCUCCUGAGCCAGGAAGAGGGAGAAUACUUCAACGUUCCUGUCCCCGCCGAAGGUGAAGAAGGCAAUGAAGAGUUCAGGCAGAAGUUUGAGAGAGCCAGAAUCGGUCCAGGUUCAAAAGUUGCGGAAGAAAAGACAGCCAACACCAUCUCCAAAUUUGACAACAACGGGAACCGUGAUCGCAUGAAACUGUCUGACUUCAACUUCCUGAUGGUUCUGGGGAAAGGCAGCUUCGGAAAGGUGAUGCUUUCGGAAAGGAAAGGAACGGAUGAACUUUAUGCCGUAAAGAUUCUGAAGAAGGACGUGGUCAUCCAAGACGACGAUGUGGAAUGCACCAUGGUGGAGAAGCGAGUGCUGGCCCUGGCCGGAAAGCCCCCCUUCCUCACCCAGCUUCAUUCUUGCUUCCAAACCAUGGAUCGCUUGUAUUUUGUGAUGGAGUAUGUGAACGGUGGUGACCUCAUGUACCAGAUCCAACAGGUCGGGCGAUUCAAGGAGCCCCACGCUGUGUUCUAUGCAGCCGAGAUCGCCGUGGGCCUUUUCUUCCUGCACUGCAAAGGGAUCAUUUAUCGAGACCUGAAACUUGACAAUGUGAUGCUGGACUCCGAGGGCCAUAUCAAAAUUGCUGAUUUUGGCAUGUGCAAAGAGAGUAUCUGGGAUGGAGUCACCACCAAGACUUUCUGUGGCACACCCGACUACAUUGCUCCUGAGAUAAUUGCCUAUCAACCCUAUGGGAAAUCGGUGGACUGGUGGGCCUUCGGCGUCUUGCUCUAUGAGAUGUUGGCGGGGCAGGCACCUUUUGAAGGAGAAGAUGAAGACGAGCUCUUCCAGUCGAUCAUGGAGCACAACGUGGCCUAUCCCAAAUCCAUGAGCAAAGAAGCAGUGGCCAUCUGCAAGGGGCUCAUGACCAAGCAUCCAGCUAAGCGGUUGGGGUGCGGCCCGGAAGGAGAACGAGAUAUCAAGGAGCAUGCCUUUUUCCGAUAUAUUGAUUGGGACAAACUCGAGCAGAAAGAAAUCCAGCCUCCCUUCAAGCCCAAAGCUAAAGACAAGCACGACACUUCCAACUUCGAUAAGGAGUUCACGAGGCAGCCUGUGGAACUCACGCCCACCGACAAACUCUUCAUCAUGAAUUUGGACCAGAAUGAGUUUGCAGGCUUCUCCUACACUAAUCCUGAAUUUGUCAUUCACGUUUAGGCCACCUGGCAAAUAUUCCUACUGUUGUAUUCGUAGGGCUGAACUCCAGGUUGCUGUGUGUGUGUGUGUGUGUGUGUGUGUGUGUGUGUGUGUGUGUGUGUGAAUGUAUGCCUGAACCCACCCCACGCUCUCAUGGUCUUUAGUCUUCCGGGGCUGAUGGUGCACACGAUCCCAGGUAGGAGCCGAGGUGGCUGAUGGUUUUCAGUGUCCUUUCCUCUUUGUAUGCCCAAAUGGUAGAGACACCCCGAUCCACAGAGGGACUCCCACUGGUUCUAGGUAAAGAGCGGCUGGCAUUCUCAGAAUCUCUAGCCAGUGUAUUUCUGUCUGAUUUCAAGACUCUGGCCUCAAAGUAAGAGACUUACUUCUGUCUUUGUAUUUUGCAAUUUUUCUGAACUGAAACCCUGAUUCUUUUUGUGUCCUGGAAUGCUAAGCAUGCUUCAUAGCCUCCACAUGUAUGCUUGCAACUGUGACCCCAUAUUAUUGUUUGGUUGUUGUUCCAAGGUGUCCAAGAAUCCAAAAAAACAACAUGGUGGCCACAACCAUGGGAUCAAAGCCCCCCCCUUUACAUUAUGCACUAUAUUCACACACACACACACACACACACACACCAGACAACCCUGUUGUUCAGGCCAGAAACAAACCUUCCGUUGGUGUAGAGAACUUUGUGUCCUAAAGUUGUUUCUAAAAUGACUGUCUCCCUCUUUAGUGGCUGUGAACACACCUUUAGCACCAAAUUUCCUUCCCACCACUAAUUAAUGCAGUUGAUGGGUUUACUUGUUGUGUAGCUUAGGGCUCUGCUGCUUUGGGGGCAGGAGAAAAAAGCCCAAAAGGAAAAAUAAAUAAUAAGAGGGCAUUUAAAUGUCACUAGGGUAAUUUGCAGUCUUUGGUUAAAUUUGGCUUUUAAAAACAAGCUUUUGUUUAUGUUAUUAUUUAUUUGUUUCAGUUUUGAGGCUGCCCCACUCCACAGUUAGUCUGGGCAGUUUAUAAUGUAAAAAUUAAAACAAACAGAUGUAUAUCAAAGAAAAAAAAUGCAGCUGACCAGAAGACACUAUCUCAACCCCUAGGGCUCAGCCACCAUCCUAGCCCACGAGCUCUUUAACAACUUGCAGCAUCCAAUUUCAAAGGAUGGGAGGGAUCCUGAUCUCCUGGGGGGGGGGGGAAGAUCCUAUUCCACAAGGCUGAAAUGGUCUUAAUCAUUCUGAAAGAAUUAGCCAAAUCCCUCCCACCCACCCACCCCAACUCCUUUGUUGGUGACUUGAGCAUAUGGUAGAAAGUGUGUUCAUUGGAGACGGACAGCACAUUUGGGAUGAUUUUAUCUGAUAUAACCUGAAUCUCGGUUCUGACUAAUUUCUCCAGGCAUCUGAAACUACACAAACUCUUUCCAAGGUCUGCCGUUUUCCACAAUUGGUCACCCCAAACCAUAUGUGUUCUCUCCAAGUGCCGUCUUUAGAAUCUUGCCAGUAUUUGUAUUACUUGGUACCAACAUUCUUCACGGCUGAAAAAUGCCAAUGUGCCCAAAGAGGAAGGCAGGCGUCUCUGAAAAAAAAUAUAUAUUUUAUUUGUGAUGUGUUCAAAUGACAAAUUGCAGGCUGUUUUUCCUAGAGUGCCUUCUUGUUUUGUUUGUUUGUUUGACUGAUGUUGAAGUUCACUUCUGAUGCAAAGGCUUAAUGUUCUGUGUAUGUCAGAAAUAGAUUUCUUGUAAAUAUUCUGGGAAGAUCGUUCUGCUCUGCCUCCUUCCACUAAAGCUAUGGAGAAACAAAGGUUUUUCUUCACCACCUCAGUGAGGGCCAGGGCAAGAGAGAACUUCUGAAGUCGGACAACCUGAUCCCAGGGAAGUUAAGGAGGAGGACUUAUGGGCCACGAGGAUGGCAGGUUGGCCUAGAAGCUGCAGAAAAUUGGACUGGGAUGGCAGCUUCGGUUUUGGGACUCUCCUUUUGCAACCAGUUGCCCUCAAAGACCACACCAUGAGCCCAUCUCCCCAGCACCACUACCCUUUGGCAAUAAUCCAUUGAAGAGAGUAUGGCAUAAUUCACUUGAAUACCUGUAAGAAGAUCUCAGAAUUGGGGGGUGCAGGGAUGAGUGACAGGUGCAGCCCAAAGGGAGGCAAUGCCAGUCCUUGGCAGGCAGAGUCCGCCUUCCUGCUCUUGACAAAAGAGGUGACGGAGCAGCUCCAGCCUCCUGCCUCCACCAGCCCUUCAGAGAUGCUCUUGGGAGAGGAAGGAAACCAGCCGCCAAGGGAACCAGGAAACCGGUCGGGGUUGGCCAGGCUCUGCGGCCACUUCAGCACCCGUGUGAUUUUUUUUUCACAAGUUUCACAUUUUGCCUGAAGCCACCUUGAAUUCUUCUAUGUAGAUAUUCUUGAUUUGGGGAGCAUGUACCAUAUUUUCAAAUAUAUCACUGUGGAGUUAAACGC